UGAGGCGGAGGCAGGGGAGUUGCAGCGCGCGAGGCUCCGUGAGUGUGUCUCCUGCGCGCGGAGAGGCGGGGGGAGGCGGAGGACCAGGAGGAGGAGGAGGAGGGGGAGAAUGCCCGGAGCCGCCGCCGCUGCCGCCGCCGCCGCGAUGCUCCCGGCUCAGGAGGCUGCCAAGCUGUACCACACCAACUAUGUGCGGAACUCGCGGGCCAUCGGCGUGCUGUGGGCCAUCUUCACCAUCUGCUUUGCCAUCGUCAACGUGGUGUGCUUCAUCCAGCCCUACUGGAUAGGCGACGGCGUGGACACCCCGCAAGCCGGCUAUUUCGGGCUCUUCCACUACUGCAUCGGCAACGGCUUCUCCCGGGAGCUGACCUGCAGGGGCAGCUUCACGGACUUCUCCACGCUGCCCUCGGGCGCCUUCAAAGCCGCCUCCUUCUUUAUCGGCCUCUCCAUGAUGCUCAUCAUUGCCUGCAUCGUUUGCUUUACCCUCUUCUUCUUCUGCAACACGGCCACUGUGUACAAGAUAUGUGCCUGGAUGCAGCUCACCUCCGCUGCCUGCCUUGUGCUUGGCUGUAUGAUCUUCCCUGAUGGCUGGGACUCAGAUGAAGUAAAACGGAUGUGUGGAGAAAAGACAGACAAGUACACUCUUGGGGCCUGCUCAGUCCGCUGGGCAUAUAUCCUGGCUAUUAUUGGAAUUUUGGAUGCCCUGAUCCUCUCGUUUCUAGCAUUUGUGCUUGGUAAUCGACAAGACAGCUUGAUGGCAGAGGAACUGAAGGCAGAAAAUAAAGUUCUGCUAAGCCAAUAUUCUCUAGAAUGAGCACAAAACAAAUCGAAUAACAGCUAAACAAAUCGAAUAACAGCUUUUGUACAUCAACAUCAAGAAGGAAUACGCCUGAGAGAGAUCAGAGUAUAGAGAUGAAUAUGAACAAGAAUGGAACAUUCAUUUGUCAACGCACUUUCUAAAUCUAGAUCAGCAGAGAUGGGAGUGAUUUUCUGGAAAGAGGUGAUCACGGAUUAAACACCAGCUCAUUGGAAACUGUCAUUGGAUAAGAUCAGAAAACAUUCAUGAAAAAUCAUUCAGGAAAUAUAUUACAGGAAGAGGAAUAUAAAUGCUCUAGAGUUAACAUGUAAAAUAUAUACGUACUGAGGUUUGUAAACUGUCCUUUUUAAAUCAAACUGAAAACAAAAAGCUUUAACCUUUCAACAGAAUUUUUAAAAAGGCAGUUAGUUCUAAAUUAUUCCUAUCUCAUUAGCCAAGAGGCUGAUCAAGUGUCAUUUAUUGAGGAAGUCAUUAGAAAAUGACUCUGAAUGUUUUCAUAGGAGCCGUGACCUUUGAUUCUUCAUCUCUACUAUUCAUUUACUUCACUGUGUAAUCAGCUACAACCACUCAGUUAUUAAGAGACAUAAUGCUUCAAACUUUUUACCAAGUCUGUAUUGUUUAAUCUGUCCAUACAAGUCAUUACUGAGAGAGCGUUUAUGCCAUAUACUAUUACUCCAUUAAGCUGUACAUUACAGGAAGUACAUCUUUACAUCAUAGGUUCCCAAGCAACAUAGAUUUCCCUAUCUUUCAGGAAACAGCAUCAAGGAACUCUGAAAAAUAUAGAAAAAGUUCAUUUUCACCUUGGAUGCUCACAUGUAAUAUUAUAGGCUACUAUCAAAUAAAUACAUUUUUUCUAAUUCUCCCUAGUACAUGCGUAGGAAUUUAAUAUACUUUAUAAAUAGGUAUCUAAAAUAUCUCCUAUGUUUUUCCUAUUUCUUUGCCAUACAUGUUGUCAGAAAUUCAUAUCUUCUAUUUUCCUUACUGAUGGGCACUCAUUUUUAUUUUUUAGAAAUCAUUCCAUUAAAGAUAUUUCUAAAUAAUAGUAAGUGGUACUAACAAAAUAAAUCAUAAUUUAAUAGCCUUAGAAAUAAAUGACUAUAUACUUAUACAGGCUGAAAAAAACUCGGUAGGAAUAAGUUACCUUUUUGUUUACUAAUGUUGAUUUCAAAAGUACUCAGAUUCAUUUUAGUUGGCUGACAUCUGGAAGGAGUUAACAACUAACCAGUUGACUUCAGCAACCAUUUGCUCCCAGCCUUCCCCUGUCACCACCCUCACCACAUAUCCCGCCAAUAUCCAACAACAAAGAAAUAUUUAACAUUGAAAUCACCCAUUACCUGAGAAUGACCACAAGCUAAAAUGUACUUGUGGAAGGGUACUUAGUGGAAGCCAAACCAUGUUCUAUUCCUGAGCAGAAAACAUGGACAUGUAGAAUGCUUUUAUUCAUAUAUUCAAAAUUAAGAACAAAUCAGUAUAUAUCGCUAGAACAUCAGAUGGAGGAUAACACAAGAAGUGAUACAGAUCAGGGUUCACUUCUCUUACCCUCUCUCUGUUAGGACCACAUUCCUAUUUUAGCCAAAUGUUUCUGGUGCAGGCCAUCUUUUCACCAUAAAUGGCAUGAAACAUAAAUGGCGUUAUGUUUCAAAUGGCUAAAAGCAUAUAACAGGUAUGCUCAAAGGAGUAAAACCCAAUUCACAAAGAUGUGGCUUUUCUAAAGAACCAAAUUAAGGGAAUACUUAGUAUCUACAACUAAAGUAUUAAUCAUUCUGAGGAUUAUUUGUUGCUUUAAGUAUUAGCUCCCUACCGCAACCAUAACACCCUACUUACUACAUUUAAUUACACACAACUUUUCAAUAAUUCAUAUUUUAUUUGAAGGGAGGUACCUGUCUACUUUAUCUACAAUAAAAACAAAAGGUAUUGGCUUUCUCUAAUCCAUGCAAACUACAAAUUCCAUCAGGAGUCCUACAUCACUAACAGUGGUGUAAACAAAACUAAGAAAGUACUUCCUAUCCACAUGCGAAUGUUUUAAAAAAGUUUUUGCCAUAAAACCUAAGUGUAAUUUAGCAUAUCACAGUGCUCUGAAGAUGGGUCAUUGACGAUGUACCAUUUGUAUAUAGGUAAUACAUAUGUAAAUCACUAAAUGUUAAUUAAAUAUAAGAAGUAGGUUUUUAUCUUUUUAAAAAAAAAACAAAAAAAGUGACUCCCUUUCUCAUUCUGUUCUGUUGUAUUGUGUCCAAAAGUUGUGUGUAAUUUUUUUAAGGUCCAGGAAAUGUAAAGAAAUUUGUUGGAAUAUCUGAAUUUCUGUAAAAAAAUAAAAAUAAAAAUAAGAUUUUGUUACUUAAAA